UAGGUAUGGAGGGAGGAGGAGGAAGCUGACAUAGGACAAACUAGACUUGAACACACCUGACAGCUGUCUGCAGUGGGGCUUUCAGCACAUAGAAAGGACAGGCUUCCAUGAACAUGGCUAAACUCUCCCUCACAGAUGUGGCCCUGCUGCUUCUGCUAGUACUGGCCUUGAUGCUGAGUGCUGAGGCGAGAGAAAACACGCCAAGGACGCUUAGGAGGAUAAAGAGAGAGUGGAUCCUUCCUCCUAGCAAGCUGUGGGAGAACAUUGACUACACCGGCAAGGAUUUUAUUGCCAAGAUUCGCUCUGACAAGGACACAACGGCAGAAGUGCAAUAUUCUCUCUCUGGGCCAGGAGCUGAUUCACCACCCAUCAACCUCUUCAUGGUGGAUCCUGACACAGGGUUUGUAACCAUCACAGGUGUUCUGGACCGGGAAAAAUACCCAUCCUACAAUCUGACAGGGAUUGCUAAGUACAGAGAUGGGACCAAAGUAGAGGACGAAAUCCCACUGACUAUCAUAGUCCUGGACCAGAAUGACAACCCACCUCGCUUUGAGUGGUAUUCUGGUAACGUCAGAGAGGCGAGCAAAGCCGAAACCUUUGUCAUGCAGAUCGUGGCGAAAGAUGAUGAUCAAGCUGGAACAAUCAAUUCAGAGAUCUCCUAUUCCAUCAUCAGUCAGGAGCCGGCAGGUGAUGGUCACAUGUUCACUAUAGACAAAAAGACGGGCAAAAUACACGUCAAAGAGGCCACGCUGGACAGGGAGACUCAAGACUUCUACACACUGAUUGUAAAAGGAAUCGAUCUGGGAGGGGCAGCAGGGGGGCUAACAGCAACAGGAACUGUGGAGAUCAAGAUCAUGGACAUCAACGACAACUUCCCCAUUCUAGAAAAGUCUGAGUACUCUGGCUCAGUGGAUGAAAAUGUUGCUGAUGUAGUUGUGAUGAGAAUCAAAGCUCUGGACAAAGACCUUGUAAAUUCAGACAACUGGCUGACGGCCUUUUCAAUCGCCUCAGGAAAUGAGGAUAAUCUCUUCUCCAUUGAGACAGACAAAGAAACCAAUGAGGGAAUCCUGAAGCUGAUAAAGCCUGUGGAUUUUGAAGACCUCCAGAAGCUUGAGCUCGGCCUGCUCAUUGAGAAUGUAGCUCCUUUUGUGGAUGGAGGUGCUGGUGUACUGGUGGAUGUGGGCAUUAAUGUUGGAGAGGGUGGUCCUAUAGCUACGGGAGCCGCAGCCGGAGCCGGAGCCGCAGCCGGAGCCGGAGCCGCAGCCGCAGCCGGAGCCGCAGCCGCAGCCGGAGCCGCAGCUGCAGCCGGAGUUAGUGUUGUAGGUGGAGGCUUGCACCUGGGAGUAGAAUUAGGGGUGGAUGCUGAUCUUGAAGGAGGGCUGAAUCCAGGAUUAGAUGCAGGUCUUAAGCCUGGUGUUGGACCUGGAGGUGGUGUUGGACUUGAGCCAGGUGUCCAACCAGGACCAGGAACAAAGCCAAAGCCAAAUGUACAGACUAACUAUCUUAUUAAAGUAACAGUGAAUAAUGUGCCUGAGGGUCCAACAUUCAUGCCCGACACGAAGACUGUUCCUGUAUCAGAGAAUCCAAAGCAAACACCUGACGAUGGUGCCAUCACAGUGUUCACUGCUACUGAUCCAGACACAGGAAAGCCAGCUGAAGAUGUAAGUUAUGCCAAAGCCUAUGAUCCAGACAACUGGUUUACCAUCGAUGAAGAAACAGCAGAGAUUAAACUCAACAAGGCACCAGAUAGGGAGUCACCGUUCUUGGUAAAUGGAACCUACAUUGCCAAGAUUCUGGCCAUAACCAAAGACAUGCCAUCAAAGACAGCUACGGGAACAAUAGCCAUUCAAGUCAAUGACUACAACGAUCAUUGUCCCACCCUGACCACCACACACAGCAGCCUAUGCUCCAAUAAAAAAACUGUUUGUGUCACUGGCUUUGAUAAGGAUGCUAGUCCCAACGCUGCUCCAUUUACAUUCAGAAUCAUAAGUGAAGGGACACGAGGCAACUGGGACGUGGAAGUCAUCAAUGGUAAGACAUGUAAUGUAAUCAUCAAUACAUAAAUUGUUCCAUCCAGUCUACCUCCCAAAUCGUCAUAAUAUACACGCAGAAAUGAAAUUUGGAGUCCACAUUUAACCAAUGCUAAGUAUUUAGAAGCUGUGAUGUGCUGUAACGUGCUCGGGAGCUAAUGUCGACCUCAUGGACAGUUCAACAUGCACGCAGGGAUUGUGGUUGAGGGCGACCUCCUUUACCCACUAAGCCACCUUCUCAGACCAACGCGCCAGGGAAUCCUCCAGUGUCUGUAGAAGAUGCACCAAGCUGUUAACUAGCUCCAAAGUAAACCUGUCCAUUAUUUAGUUGUUGUAUAAGGAGCAAGAAAGUC